CCCCUCUCCUCGGCGCUUUUAUCCCCUCUGUGUGCUGCUGCUGCUGCUGCUGGUGACGAGGAGGAGGAGGAUGAGGACGAUGAUGCUCUGCAGCUCUGAAUGAACGCACAGUCAAUGGCCUGCUGCUGGACGGCUGCGUGAUGUUGGCUUUUUACGCUCUGAAGCCCGGAAUACUACCUGUGAUGAUUAUGGAUGUGUGGUGUUUGCUGUGCAUGCUGCUGCCGUCGGUGUGGGCUGUGGAAGAAGUGCUGAUGGAUUCAACAACAGCAACAGCAGAACUGGGCUGGACCAUCUACCCGUCACAGGGGUGGGAGGAAGUCAGCGGCUACGAUGAGAACAUGAACACCAUCAGAACAUACCAGGUGUGCAACGUCUUUGACAGCAGCCAGAACAACUGGGUACGCACCAAAUACAUCCGCCGCCGUGGAGCUCAGCGAAUCCACGUCCAGAUGAAGUUCUCAGUACGAGACUGCAGCUCCAUACCCAACGUCCCCGGCUCCUGUAAAGAAACCUUUAACCUGUAUUACUACGAGUCUGAUUCAGACACGGCCACGAAAACCUCCCCAUCCUGGAUGGAGAACCCCUGGGUGAAGGUGGACACGAUAGCGGCUGACGAGAGCUUCUCUCAGGUCGAUUUGGGUGGGCGGAUCAUGAAGAUCAACAGUGAAGUUCGCAGUUUUGGACCUGUGUCCCGUAAUGGCUUCUACCUGGCAUUUCAGGAUUAUGGCGCCUGCAUGUCGCUCAUCGCCGUCCGAGUGUUUUACAGGAAGUGUCCCAGGGUGAUCCAGAACGGAGCCGUGUUUCCUGAGACUCUGUCUGGAGCUGAGAGCACAUCGCUGGUGGCAGCCAGAGGAGUUUGUGUUCCUAAUGGGGAGGAGGUGGAUGUUCCCAUUAAACUGUACUGCAACGGGGACGGAGAGUGGAUGGUACCUAUUGGACGCUGUAUGUGCAAAGCCGGGUACGAGGCGGUGGAUAAUGGGACGGUCUGCAGAGCUUGUCAGUCAGGUUUCUUCAAGGCCGCUCAGGGAGACCACUCGUGUCUGCAGUGUCCCAUCAACAGCAGGACCACCAGUGAGGGAGCGACCAACUGUGUGUGCCGCAACGGCUACUACCGCACCGACUCCGACCCUCCACAGAUGCCCUGCACCACUGUCCCCUCCGCUCCACAGAACGUCAUCUCCAUCGUCAACGAGACGUCUCUGAAGCUGGAGUGGAGUCCGCCACAGGAGGGCGGCGGCAGAGAGGACGUGGUCUACAACAUCAUCUGUAAGAGCUGCGGCAGCGGGCGUGGCGGCUGCACCCGCUGUGGAGACAACGUGCAGUUCGUCCCACGCCAACUGGGACUGACAGAAAACCGGGUCUACAUCAGCGACCUCCUGGCCCACACUCAGUACACGUUUGAAAUCCAGGCCGUGAACGGGGUGUCGGACCAGAGUCCAUACUCGCCGCAGUACACGUCAGUCAACAUCACCACAAACCAGGCUGCUCCGUCUGCGGUGUCCAUCAUCCAUCAGGUCAGCAGAAGUCCCAACAGCAUCACUCUGUCCUGGUCCCAGCCAGACCAGCCCAAUGGGGUCAUCCUGGACUAUGAGCUGCAGUACUACGAGAAGAACCAGGCAGAGUGGAACUCGUCUCUCACCAGGAGUCAGACGAACACCGCUAUCAUCCGAGGCCUGAAGUCCGGAACCAUCUACGUCUUCCAGGUUCGAGCUCGGACCGUCGCUGGUUUUGGACGCUUCAGCGGCAAAAUGUACUUCCAAACCAUGACUGAGGAGGAAUAUAAUUCCAGUAUCCAGGAGAAACUUCCUCUCAUCAUUGGCUCAGCCGCUGCAGGAGUCGUCUUCAUUAUUGCCGUCACAGUCUUCAUCAUUGUCUGCCGCAGCAGUCGGAGGAGUUCAGACAGAACAGAAUCUGAGUACACCGACAAACUGCAGCAGCAUUAUACCAGCGGUCACAAAGUGUCACCAGGGAUGAAGAUCUACAUUGACCCCUUCACCUAUGAAGACCCGAAUGAAGCCGUGAGAGAGUUCGCCAAGGAGAUCGACAUCUCAUGUGUGAAGAUAGAGCAAGUCAUUGGUGCAGGAGAGUUUGGCGAGGUGUGCAGUGGAAAUCUCCGUCAGCCCGGGAAGAGAGAGAUCCUGGUGGCUAUAAAGACGCUGAAGGCAGGCUACACUGAGCGCCAGAGGCGGGACUUCCUGAGCGAGGCCUCCAUCAUGGGCCAGUUCGACCAUCCUAACAUCAUCCACCUGGAGGGGGUGGUGACGAAGAGCAGCCCUGUGAUGAUCAUCACCGAGUUCAUGGAGAAUGGAUCCCUUGACUCCUUCCUCCGGCAAAAUGAUGGCCAGUUCACGGUGAUCCAGCUGGUGGGAAUGCUGCGCGGCAUAGCAGCAGGUAUAAAGUACCUGUGUGAUAUGAACUAUGUCCAUCGAGACCUGGCAGCCAGGAACAUCCUAGUCAACAGCAACCUGGUGUGCAAAGUGUCCGACUUUGGACUGUCACGCUUCCUGGAGGAGGACACGUCAGACCCCACCUACACCAGUGCUCUGGGAGGGAAGAUUCCCAUCCGGUGGACGGCUCCAGAGGCCAUCCAGUACAGAAAGUUCACCUCUUCCAGUGACUGCUGGAGCUAUGGGAUAGUCAUGUGGGAAGUGAUGUCAUACGGAGAGCGGCCAUACUGGGACAUGAGCAACCAAGAUGUAAUUAACGCCAUAGAGCAGGACUACAGGUUGCCGCCCCCCAUGGAUUGUCCCAGUGCUCUUCAUCAGCUGAUGUUGGACUGCUGGCAGAAAGACCGGAACAACCGGCCCAAGUUCAGCCAGAUCGUCAGCACCCUGGACAAGAUGAUCCGCAACCCCAACACGCUCAAGGCCAUGACGCCACUGUCAUCGAGCGUUCACUUACCUCUGCUGGACCGCAGCACUCCAGAUUUCUCCUCGUUCACCACCGUGGACGAGUGGCUGGACGCCAUUAAGAUGGGCCAGUAUAAGGAGAACUUCACCAACGAAGGCUUCACUAGCUUUGAUGUGGUGUCUCAAAUGACCAUGGAGGACAUCCUCAGAGUUGGAGUAACGCUUGCUGGCCACCAGAAGAAGAUCCUCAACAGCAUCCAGUCCAUGAGGGCCCAGAUGAACCAGAUCACGUCAGUGGAGGUGUGAUAGAAGCGCACGCCCUCACCUGCUCUGUUCAAUGUGGGGAAAACAAGGAGCCAUUACCCUGCACCCUCCUGGAUCCUCUGAGGACGGCUCAAGACCUUCACACAGACUGAGACUUCAGCGUGACCUCGGCCGCUCCGUCCCUCCCUCCAGACUCUCAGAGAAGGUUCUUCUGGUCUGCAGCACAGCACAGGUGUUUGGUUGAUGUCUUAAAGGUGCUGGAUGUCCAGGUAACCGGCAUGAAUCCAGUCUGCAACCUGCUCCAUAGGUGCCGCAGUUUUUCUUUUAGAUACUGAAUAUAUCCUCUUGGUUAGAAAGCAUUUUUAAAAACAGGCCGUGCACUUUAGAGUUCAAAUAGAAGAGGAACACAGGUGGAAAUAGUGGAAUUCAACAAGAUGGUUUCUACAAAAUGCAUCCUAAGCCCUUGUCACACUUGCAUGAAAAACCCUGACAAUUACUCAAUUGAGCAGCAUGUCUUUAUGUAAACAGCUGAAUUUUUUCACCAAUACUUAACCCUGAAUUUUCCCAGCUAACUUCCUAGUCAUGCGUUUAUUUGGUCAGUGUCUGUAAUGAUAAAUAUCAAACAUAUCUGACACUUUAAGAUUGAGAUUGAAGGAGCUCUGACUCAAUUAGGUGAAGUAAAAUAAGGGUGCUGACGUGACAAACUUGAGGAUUAUUCGGUCUAAUGGUUGGUUAUUGGGGGUCAAAUCAGGCCCAAAAGUCACACCUUAAACCUUGAGCUUAGCCAACUGAAGAGAAACUCCAUCUUCUUUAGUGUGCACAGGUGAAGCUGCAUCACAUUGGCUCCCCUACUGAGCUCAGUUUGACUCUGGUUAACAUUUCCACCGUGUUCCUCAGACGCUGGUUUUGUUGGUUUUCCUCCUUGUGAUUAUUGACCAUCAGACUGGAAUGACAUGUAGAGAUUUGCCCUUUAAAAGGGCCUUUUAAAAGGUCACCACAUACUUCAAUGCCUGUGCUGUCAAAGGCUGCAGAUGCCAUUCUGACCGCCGAACGGAUGAAGCUCCCGUCCCCACACAGACUUUCAAAAAUGGCCUCCUUAAUGAACCCUGUGUGAGCUGAUCAUCUCAGAGGUGUUUUUUACACAAGUCUUCUUGCCAACAGAGACAUUUUAAACCCUGAAACACACUCCAGCCACCUGAAAUGGACCGUAUGUAAAUGUUGAUUGGACCAUAUGCUGUCUGUCUCUCACUGUGAACUCACCAUCCUUUUUACUGUGAAGCUGUUUAGAGUUACUGUAAAGUUUAGCUCAUUGGUUUGGGUUAAAAAAAAACCACUAUGUUACAGUCAAAGCGUUCUCAGUGCUGCUACUUCACUUCAUGUUUUACAUGCAGAGAAAUCAAACAUCGUGUACAUAUCAACAUACUUCGUUCUGGCAUUUAACUCAACAUAAGCCGUUUUCACUGCUCCACCAAUGAUGUGCAAUCUUUCCUUUUAGUUUUUAUAUCUGUGUUGGUUUAUUUAAUACAUGCUUUCUUGAAUCAAACAUCCAUUAGAGCCUCUGAUUUCCAGAGUUCCCUCUCAGCUCAAACACACAGUUUUUCCUGUUUAAAAACAAAACAUAGGCUGUGCAGGAGUUUAACAUCACUACAGAUAAAAUAUCUGAAAUGAACAGGAUCUGUAUCAUUCCUACAGUACUGUGCAGAACCUUUAGGCAUGUUGGGACUGACGCUGAGGCAGGGCGUAGAUGUGGGCACCAUGUGAUGUAAAGGAAUUGACAUGACCCUGGGCUUGU